AUGACUGCAGACCAGCGUUUUGUACUCAGCGCCCGCAUCAUUGGAGGAGUCCGCAGGGACAAGCCAAAACUCAAGGUGUUCAUGGUGUCUGUCCUGUGGUCUGAUGAAGCUGAGGUGAUCAUCUACCGAUCAUUCCUAGACUUCAGGAAGUUUCAUAGACAACUAAAAAAGAAGUUCCCUAAUUUCAAUCCGUUCCGUAAAAAUGACAGAAUGAUCCCAAAAUUCACUGGAAAAGCCAGAAGGAGCAGCAUCCAGCACAAAGGAUCCAAGAAGUCCGUCAGGCAGAUGACGUUCCUGGAAAAGUACUGCACCAAACUACUCAACUGUGAGCCCAACGUGACGCAGAGUUCAGAGGUCAUGCGCUUUUUCACAUCCAGAGACCAAGACCUGCAGCCGGACUUCACCAAGAACUCUGUCAUGAUCAUGAUGUCUGAUGAGCUGAGGAAUGAAGAAUAUGGGGACGGUGGUGCUCACCAUUCCAUGGGAAUCGUCACCCACCCAUUUGUCACCCAGACGUACCGCUGCGUUGCACCUUAUGAGACCAAGGACACCAAAAACAGGCCAUUUAAGGUCACUGCGGACGAGAAGCUGGACGUCCUGAUCAAAGAUCCUGCAGGUUGGUGGCUUGUAGAGAAUGAGAGCAAGAAGCUGGCUUGGUUUCCUGCUCCCUACCUGGAGGCUGUGGAUGGAGAGGAGGAGGAUGACGAUAACUACGUGGGAGGUUCUUUGUACUGCGCUGUGAAGAGUUUCUCUACCAAGAAGGUGGAUGAGGUGUCUGUAUCCAUUGGCUCAGUGGUGGAGGUGCUGAGGAAGUCUGAGGACGGCUGGUGGCUCGUCAGGUUCAAUGGCAAAGUUGGAUACAUCCCAUCUAUGAAUCUGCAGCCAUACAACAACCCCCGGGCGGGUCUUCAUGGCCUGCACAGGAAGAUUCACAGUUCCUCCCUGAGCCUGGCAUCCAUGAGAGAGCCUCAGGCUUCUUCUCCACCAAGAAUCAUUGAAGAAAACAGCUCCCAGCAGGACUCUGUGGCUCCACCCAGACAGAAGCCCACCGUCCCAGCUCGUUUCCAAAGAGCCCAGUCCCUGGAUGUUCUCUCUGACUCUUGGCUGGAGACAGCUACAAAGAGGGAUGCCUCCUCUUCAGGCAGAACCAACUGGAUUAGCUCCAGUCUUUCUUCCAGCAUUGACUCUGACUCGAGUUUUGAAGUGGAGCCACAGAGCCCCUCAGACCAUCUCGUCCCCCCUCAACGGUCCAACGUCAGUCCCAGUUCAGACAGCAGUCCCGACCUCAAUCUCUCUGAACGUCGCAGCUCCAACACCAGCACCGACUCCAGCAUCAGCACCGACUCCAGCUUCAGCUCCGACUCUAGCUUCAGUACCGACUCCAGCUUCAGCACAGGCUCCAGCAUCAGCACCGACUCCAACACCCGUUCUGAGAGCCCAGAAUCUGCCAGGUCCACCAAGGGUGAGACGGCCCCAGGCCCUCCAAGAGUUCCUCCCAGACCCAAGACCCAAGAGAUCCUGACUCGCUGCACCUCCAUGACACGCAAGGCCGCCAUGAUCAACAAGACCCUCCUUUCGAAUCGGCCCGAGCCCAUGCACAGCCGUUAG